AUGAGUAACCGAUCACAAGACGAAUAUAUUCAAUUGUUGGGACAAGCAGUUGAAGAUUUAGUUAUGGAUGAGAUUAAUAAAUCACCAUUUAUAUCGAUUAUGAUGGACAGUACUCCGGAUGCAUCACAUCGUGAGAUGUACUCGAUCGUCAUUCGAUACACGAAGCAUUAUCAAAUAGAAGAGCGUUUGUUAUCUUUACAAGAACUUCCUAGCAAAGUAGGUGAAGACAUAUGUUUGUUAUUAGUAAAAGUUUUAGAGAAAAAAGGAAUAUCAUUGGAAAAAAUCAUCGGCCAGUGCUAUGAUAAUGCUCCUAACAUGGGUGGUGUGAAUAAAGGUGUACAGGCAUGCGUAAAUAAGCAUUUUAAUCGAGAAAUAAUACAUAUUCCUUGUAGUGCACAUAGUUCUAAUUUAACAAUAGAACAUGCAUGUGAUUGUUCUAUUGAGUAUACCAAUCUGUUUAUGAUAUUACAAGAAUUGUACAAUUAUUUUACAAUGAGCAUGAAACGAUAUUAUCUUCUUCGGAAAGAACUCGGCAAAUCUCCAUAUGGUUUAAGCCUGAAAUCAUUGUCUGAUACAAGAUGGAGUGCAAAUUAUGAAUCUAUUUAUUGCCUCAUCGAAUCAUAUAACGAGAUUAUUAAUUGUUUUAAAUUAAUUGAAGAAGGAGCACAAUUUGAUAAAGAAACAAAAGUACAAGGAAAAAACUUGAGAAACAAGUUAGUAUCAUAUGAAAUAGUUGUUUUGUUAAAAUUUAUGGAAAACAUUACACGGACAACUAACUCAUUAACAACACAUCUACAAUCGAAAAAAUUAGAUAUAUUAUCAUCAAUGGAAUUGACCGAAAAUACUUUAAAGUUAAUUCAAAAAAUGAGAAAUGAUGAUCAAUCAUUGAAAAAUAUGUUACUUUUAGGAGAAAAACUCGUUGAACCUUAUGACGUUGAUAUUGAUAAAGAAUUCAAUCGACUCCAUCGAUUUCGUCGACCGUCACGUCGUAAUGAUGACAAUUCUGAAUCUGGUAUUAGUUUUACGAGAGAGUCAUUUUAUUUAAAAUUAUUCUAUGAAAUACUCGACUAUUUAUAUUCAACCUAUCUUGAUUUUUUAAAUAUUUUGAAAGAAAAAUUAAAAUGGUUUAUUAACAUAACACCUGGACGAAUCGAACAAUUGACAUUAAAUGAAUGUCAACAUAUGUGUAAAUUAGUUCCAAAAUUGACAAAUCCAUCACUAUUGUUUAACGAGUUUCAACUGUUGACUGAUAAAAUAAAAGAAUGUGACGAUAUGAAUGGUAUUACAAAGCUAUUACAACAAUCUGGACAUUUAUAUCCAAAAUUAUCCAGCGUAUAUAAUUAUGUAUUUACAUUACCAAUAACAACUGCAACAAAUGAACGCAGUUUCAGCAAAAUGAAACUGAUUAAGAAUUAUCUCAGAACAACAUUGUUGAAUGAAAAAUUUGAAUACUUGCUCCUUUGUGCAGUAGAACGUGAUUUACUCGAUAAAUCUCGAAUGAAAGAUCGACGUAUAAAAAUUAUCACAGAUUAA